AUGAUUACAUAUUAUCCUAUUUAUUAUCAUCAAUAUUAUUAUUUAUCAUCAACUAUAUAUAUUUAUCCAUUAACUGAAUCUAUCCCAUUAUGUUUACCUAAGGUAUUUGACGAACAAUUUAUUAUUAAUUAUUGUCAUAUCUCUAAUUUACCAUGUUAUCAUCAUCAUCAUAAGGAUAAAAUUAUUAAUAAAUUACCUACAAUUCAUUCAAUACGUCGUGCUGAAUUAUUAUAUCAACAAUUUUUAUCAUUAUCUAUACAUACUACUGAUUAUCAUUUGAGUAGUAAAAAUAAAAAUAGCAAAAAAGAUGUAAACAAUAAUGAUUCAUUCUAUCAAUCCAUAUUGAAUAAACAUCAAUCACGUCAAUUUAUACAAAUUUCAUUAUAUAAUUAUGUAUUAAAUCAUUUACUUGGUUUAUCUACAACUAAUAAUACUACUACUUAUACUACUACUAAUAAUUCUAAUAAUUCUAUACCAUUAUUAUUAGAUCUUGGUUGUGGUAUUAAUCAAAUGGAUAUCAUAAAUCAUUAUUUAUUAAAUAUAUCUAAUUUUAAUCAAAACUUUAUUCCAAUCUGCAUCGAUUUAUUCAAUAAUAAUAAUAAUAAUACUAUUAAUAGCAAUGAUAAUAAUGACAAUAAUAAUAGCAAUAAUAUUAGUAAUAAUGGUAAUAAUAAUAGUAAUAUAAAUAAUAAUGAUAAUAAUAGCAGUAAUAAUAAGAGUAAUAUUAAUACUAAUAAUAGUAAUAAUAAUAAUAUAAUCAAUAAUAUUAAUAACAGUAAUAAUAAUGUUACCAAUAAUUACAAUAAUAAUAGGAAUAAUAAAAUUAAUAAUAAUUAUAAUAUUAAUAAUAUUCAUAACAGUAAUAAUAAUAACAUUAAUAAUAAUACUAAUAAUGGUAAUCAUAAUAAUUACAGUAAUAAUAAUAAUAAUAUUAAUAAUAAUAGUAUUAAUAAUAAUAACAAUAAUAGCAAUAUUAAUAAUAAUAACAGUAAUAGUAAUCCUACUGAUAAUAGUAAUAAUAAUAGUAGUAUAUUCAAUUAUAAUAUUCAUUUAAUCAAAUGUAAUUUAAUGAAGCAUGUAAAUACUAAUGAAUCACAAUUAUUAAUUCCAUUACCAGAUUAUUCUAUACAAUAUAUUAUAUCUAUAUCAUUUAUACAAUGGUUAUUAAUCAAUAAUCAUGAUCAUAAUCAGAAAUCAAUAUCCAAUCAUUAUAUUAAUCAAUUAAUGUAUGAAAUUAUACGUUUAUUAAAUCAAUCAAUAGGUCAAUGUAUAAUACAAUUUUAUCCAAAUCAAUUAAUAGAUAUUCAAUUAAUAUGUGAAAUUAUAGAAAAGAUUCAAUCAAAUUUAUGUGGUUGUAUAUUAAUUAGUAAACCUGUAUUCAAUCGGGGUAUGAAAAUAUUUUUAUAUUUAACAUAUAAAUAAUUAUUGAAUUGAUUUAUAUCGAAGUUAUCUUUUUUUCUGGGGGGGGUGCGGGUGAGAUCGAAAAUAUAGGGUUCGAGUUCGUUUGGUGGAUGAGCACUGAUGAAGAGUAUUGUAUUGGGACGAAACGGUCAUCCAGUAAUUUCAGGUUUUCAACAGUAGUUUUAAGCAAAAACCAAAAAAACCUAGAUUGGAAACCUGAAAGUACUGAAUAACUAUUUCGUCCUUAAUAUGGAAUUAUACAUCAGUGAUUAUCUAUCACUACGCAACUGGCACUGGGACUUGGGAUGUCUCUUGCACGCAAACAUUUAACCUUUAGAUCACUGACCUAGCAGUCAACGGUGUUCAAUCAAUUCUUGAUAUCAGGUUGCCACUUCUGGGUUUUCUAAUGAGAAGUCGUGGUCAGAGGAGUUCAACCAUGUUGGGUGUGAGAUAAUUAGGUAACAUAAGCAGAUGAAGAUGGUUGCUCAACGCCACGAAAUAAUCGAUGGUAACUGAUUUGUUUAAAAGUUAAGCACUUAUUUCAAAAGCUCGAAGUCAUGCGUUCUAGCGCUGAUGGGUUCGAAGAUGUGCAUCAUUGAGAAGUCGCAUACAUGGUUAAAUUAAUUAUUCGUUGCUUCUUUGUGUUCAGUCGUUUUCUAAUUAAUAUCAGCUCAUGAUGUAAAAUAUGAAGCCUAACAACUUUCCUAAACACUUUACGAUGAAAAUUAGUUUAUUAAUCAUUGUAGAUGAAAAUUGGUCCCUUGCAGUGCUGAUUUUCAAGUGGCUUCUAGUUCCCUUAAAUCCUGAACAAAUUCAGCACAUAAAGGUAAGUUUGCUUAUAAAGUUGAUUUUUAAAAAGUCAAGGAAUACGUAUAUAAAAUACCGUUAUUCGUGAGGUACCUGGGGAAGAUGAAAAAUUCGUCGAUAAUUUUUUGUAUCUUCAUCAAAUAACUUAAUUGAAGUAUGUAAUAUAUAUGACAAAUCAUUGCGAUGGUGUCUGAGAUAGGAAUACGUUGGAAUUAAGCUAAUUUGUCCUCAGCAAGCCAUCAGCGAUGCUGCGUCAUCAGAACAAAAAGAGGAGUUUUAAAAGGUCCACCUUAAAUAUAGUUCAUCUCAUCUUAUCCCACAGAGUUCCGUUACCAAUUUUAAGGAAUGAAAAGUAUGGAACCUAGGUUUUAAAAUCUCACAAACACGUUGUAUAUAAUGCGUCUCAAGGAGAAAUUCCUUGAGAUUUAUUGUCACUCUCCUAGGUUGACAUGCAAACUACAAUUCUCAUUUAGUUCUCUCAAUAAGAAGUAUGUUACUACACUGUGAGGAACAUGAUUACUACUCAUUAUUACACCUUGGAUUGUCUCAUUUUAGGAUAUUAAAGUAAAAGAAUUUGAAUUUCUUGAUGACCUGGUUGUCAGCUUCUUCCAAACAGAAAAUAUAUUUCGCUGAAGAGACUAUCAAUGAGCAAGAGUUCAUAGUCUAUAACCUUCUAUCAAUUGGCUACAUCCAACAUAUAUUAAGGAUUUGAUGUUUUGUGACUACAUUAAGUGUUGACAAUGUUGUAAUAAAUAACUAUAAUAAGCUCACAUAUAAACUACCCAACUCAAAGAUCUUAAAAUUACCUAAAGACUUGUUUAAUAUGUCUUUUAGUUGAAUGAUUAAACAGCAGAUUCUUUUAACUACUUAAUCGUCCCCAUAAAUCUUCUACUCUUGAACUUCGAGAAAUGAACAUAACAUUUGAAGUAUGUAAGUAGUUAAUAAAUACAGAAAUUAAGGGUGUUUAUACGAACACAUAUUAAUUUGACACUGUAGAAGCUUCUGAAUAAAACAGGUCAAACAUUACUACCAGGACUAAGAUGGUUAGGCCACGUGUUACGU